UUUUUGAACAUUUUUAAUCCUGUCAACAACGGCGCGCAAAACCAAGCGCGUUUGAUCUAUAGAAGUGUACUUAAGAAAUUAAGAUGCCCUCAUCUAUUACUGCCAGUCUCCAGGAUGGUCCAAUUGUAAAAAGGCAGAAAUUGAAUGUUGUUGAUGCGCCUAAGAAAACUUUGAGAGAAUCAAGAAUCUUUACUCCAUUUCGGGUUUGUCCCCCAAAUUCUCUCUAUCGAAAAUUAUCUUACUGACCUCUAUAAGACAAUUGGUUUAGUAUCUUCGACUCCCGUUCCCUUCACCUCGAUACCACUCGGUAAAACCACAUUCCAAAUCACAACCUCCGUAGGGAGAUGUUUACAAACGUACGACCUUAAAAGAGGACUCAACCUUGUCUUCCUCACUAGACCACAGACACCAGCAGACAUCACGGCUACGAUAGCAUGGAAAGACAAAGUCUUCGCAGCAUGGGGAGGUCAGGAAAAUGAUGGCCACCAGGGUCUUUGUGUAUUCAAGAGAGGAAAGAGGAUUGAGGAGAUCCCACUCCCAGCAGACCUUACGGAACCCAUAAAACAAAUUUUGGUCUUUGGCACUUGGAUAGUGGGAUGCUGUUCAACCAGGAUAGAAGUAUGGAAAACCUCGACAUAUGAGCAUUACACGACCUUGUAUACUACAGCAGCACGGAAGGGCGGAAACGAACUUACGGGCGGAAUAUGCAACAUGCCAACAUAUUUAAACAAGAUAUUUGCGGGAAGGAAAGAUGGUGGAGUCGAAAUAUGGAAUGUCAGCUCUGGGAAACUGAUCUACACCCUCUUACCACCGGGUCCAAAUUGUGGAGCUGUAACCGCGCUACAACCCACACCAGCAUUAUCUCUCCUGGCUAUCGCGUACUCUGAAGGUCCUCUGAUAAUCCAUAAUGUGCGAACGGAUAAGACCAUCAUUCAUCUCAAUGGCGGCGCAUCUGAGUCUACCAUCACAUCCAUUUCUUUUCGUACAGAUGAUCUUGGAGCUGGAGAGGAUGGCAAAAAGCCCGGAGUUAUGGCAACGGCAGGUCCAGACAAUGGCGAUGUGACAUUCUGGGAUCUCAAUGGUGGUGGUAGAGUCAUGGGAGUUCUUCGAGGUGCCCACAAUCCGCCUUCCGACUCCGGCGCGACGGUAGGCGGAGGACUGAGCAAGGUUGAGUUUCUGUCUGGGCAACCUGUCAUAGUAACAAGUGGAUUGGAUAACUCUUUGAAAUCCUGGAUUUUUGAUGAAGCGCCUUACUCUCCGAUACCACGAAUCUUGCAUUCGCGUAGUGGGCACGCUGCGCCUGUCACACAUCUACAAUUUUUACCUACAGAUGCAGAUGGAGCAGAUGCUGGUGGAAAAUGGCUGUUAAGUGCUGGUAAGGAUCGCAGUUUAUGGGGAUGGAGUCUUCGAAAAGACGGACAAAGCACAGAAUUGAGUCAGGGAAACAUACGAAAGAAAGCGAAGAAAAUGGGUAUUCUAGCUCAAUCCACAUUAGCAAAUGAGCCUAGCACGACUCUUGAGGAUUUAAAGGCCCCAGAGAUCGUGUGUCUAGCAUCUUCACUGAAUCGCGACGGUGGAAUGGGUGCACAUCCCGGAACUGGAGCAAUUUGGCAGAAGGGUAAUAUGCAAAAGAAGGGUGUGGACGCGACAGCGAGUGGUGUUACAGGCUGGGAGAGCGUUGUUACUGGCCAUAAAGAUGACAGGUUUGCACGAACGUGGUUUUGGGGAAGGAAGAAAGCUGGAAGAUGGGCAUUUGAAACUGGUGAUGGAGGAAAUGUCACAAGCGUUACAAUCAGCCCUUGUGGCACCUUCGCGGUCGUUGGGUCGGAAACUGGGGGACUCGAUAUGUUUAACCUUCAGUCUGGACUUCACCGACAACGAUAUCCUUCCAAACUUACGCCAGCACAGGCGAGAAAGUUUAAGAUACAGCAAUUACAGGCAGCCGAAAGUGGGAAGGAAGUAUCUUCUGAAAAGCAAAAGAGCUUCCAACCUGGACUUGGUAAACACAGAAAGGCUGUAACGGGAGUGGUAGUAGAUUCUUUGAACCGCAAUAUCAUUAGUUGCUCCCUCGAUGGCAAGAUAAAAUUCUGGGAAUUUGGAACUGGUAACCUAGUCGGUGAGAUUGACUGGUUUCCGAUGGCAUCUAUUACAGGGAUGAGAUAUCAUGCACCGAAUGAUCUUAUUGCGGUUUCGUGCGAUGAUUUGUCUAUUCGAGUUGUUGAUAUUGAGACUAAAAAGACCAUCAGAGAGUUAUGGGGAUGCCAGGGAGGAAUUAAUGAUAUGUGUUUUUCUAAUGAUGGGCGAUGGAUCAUUUCCGCCUCGACAGACUGUGUGGUUCGAGUAUGGGAUCUUCCAACUGGUCAUCUCAUUGAUGCAAUGCGAAUGGAAACUCAAUGCACUGCACUUGCCUUUUCUGGAACAGGCGAGUUUCUAGCCACAACAUGUGCAGGUCAGGUUGGGGUCAAUAUAUGGAAUAACAAAACUCUUUUCACUCACGUCCCUACUCGACAUAUUUCCGAAAAGGAAAUCGCUUCAAUCACAGCACCCACUGUAUCUGGAGAAGGUGGUCAUAACGUCAUUGAUGGCGCAUUCCAGGAUGAGGACGAAAAUACCGAGGAUGCUGCUCCUGCUCUGUCACUUGAUCAGCUAAGCAAAGAUUUGAUGACCCUAAGUGUGGUACCAAAGAGUAGAUGGCAAACUCUUAUUCACCUAGAUCUUAUAAAAGCCCGUAAUAAGCCUACAGAAGCACCAAAAUUGCCAGAAAAGGCCCCUUUCUUCCUUCCAUCCAUCGAUUCCGCCGCAGGCCCAUCAACACAAGAAGAAAAGUCAACAGACAGCGCCGCAGAAAGAUCAAGAAUUAUGAAACUCGACCGUAUUGCGUCUGAACGUCCCUUUACAGUGACUCUUCGAUCUGGCGGUGAAUCAGGUGAUUGUAAGUGCCAAAACCCCUUUUCCACUUUCGUUUAAUUGUCAAUUUACUAACACACUACAGACAUACCGUUUAUAGAUCAUCUCAAGACGCUGUCUCCUUCUGCCGCAGACCUUGAAAUUCGCUCUCUCUCACCUACCUCUAACGAAUUAAUUCAUUUUAUCCACGCACUUACAUCACGUCUUUCAGAAAAGAGAGAUUACGAAUUAGUACAAGCAUGGAUGGCUGUAUUCUUAAAAUUACAUAAUGAAGAAGUGGCCAAUAGCAAAGAAUUGAGAAAUGCAGUCAUGGAAUGGAGAGCACAACAAGAAAAGGAAGGCGCCAGAUUGGGAGAAUUGGUGGGUUGGUGUGGAGGUGUAGUAGGGUUUUUGAGAAGUCCUAGAACUUGAGAAAUUAUGCUUGAUAGUCUGAUGGUUUGUGUGAGAAUUUUGUUAGUCACGGAGAGUUUGAGAUGCUACUAGGUAUAUAGCUAAUGUCAUUGAAAUGUCGUACG